GCGUGGUGAACAACACACGAAAAGGCGAACCUUGACGCAAGUGCUUGACGGUGACCUGUCUAAGAGAAACAUGGCCGCUGGCUGUUGCGGCGCGAAGAAGCAGAGGCUGGGUGGCGGCGGCGCCGCGGCGCCGAGCGGCCUGUCGCCUUGCGACGGCCCGGUCAUUCGACACGGCGCGCCCCACCUCAGAAAACCCACAACGAUCGCUCAGCCAGAAAUGGGUUUUUUCUGCUUCGACGUGCUUUAUUGCCAGCUACAUCAGUUGGAUCCGCCAAAGGCGCCCAACUUCAGCAACGAGGCAUUCCCUUUAUUUGUGACUUGGACAAUAGGAAAAGAUAUGAGAUUACGAGGUUGUAUCGGUACUUUUAAUGCGAUGCAUUUACAUGCUGGUCUUCGCGAAUAUGCAACAACUAGUGCGUUCAAAGAUUCUCGAUUUAAUCCCAUUACUCGAGACGAACUACCGCGUUUGCACGUGAGCGUGUCGAUAUUACGGCAUUUCGAAGACGGUGUCGACUAUUUAGAUUGGGAAGUGGGCGUGCACGGAAUCCGCAUAGAAUUUCACAAUGAAAAGGGUAACAAGCGAACGGCUACUUACUUGCCCAGUGUAGCUAUGGAGCAAGGAUGGGACCAGAUACAAACAAUAGAUUCUUUACUGCAUAAGGGUGGCUUCAAGGGCCUGGUUACGCCAGAUAUUCGUCGUAGCUUAAAAUUAACUCGAUAUCAGAGCGAAGAAGUGACUGUGAGCUAUCAAGAGUACAUGACACACUCCACGUUGUCCCAUCUGCGACACGAUAAUAACGCCCGGUACAAUUCCUUUGUGCCCGGUCAGUCAAGUUCGCAAAUUGUGGCGUCACCAAAUCGGUUUAUACAUCCAUUACCUUUGCCUUCAAUUCCUCCGGUUAUGGUACCGAUACGUAGUAAUCCAUCUCUUUGGUGGGACGGUGCAGGUCCAUCCUACUUACCUGCACCGCUUUAUACGCGACCGUCCCACCGCUUCUCGACGCAGGACGCCGCAGAGCGCGGAGUAUACAUAUUCGUUAGCACAAUCAAUAGAAAUUUGUUAUUGGAUAUGGCGUGUCCGCAGUUCGGGUCGUGACAAAAGAGAAACAUGGCUGCUGGCUGUUGCGGUACAAAGAAGCAAAAACUUAACAACAACACCACGAGUGUCCCGUGCAACGGCACGGCCUUGCUGAACGGUACGCGUAUACGUAAUACGCCAAUCGUGCAACCCGAAAUGGGCUUCUACUGCUUCGAUGUUCUCUACUGCCAGCUGCACCAACUCGAUCCACCGAAACCGCCCAACUUCAGCAACGAAGCGUUUCCCUUGUUUGUAACAUGGACUAUUGGCAAGGAUAUGCGACUUCGUGGCUGCAUAGGUACAUUUAAUGCCAUGCACUUACAUGCAGGACUUAGAGAAUACGCUACUACCAGUGCUUUCAAGGAUUCACGAUUCAAUCCUAUAACACGAGACGAACUUCCGCGUUUACAUGUAAGUGUCUCUAUACUGCGGCACUUUGAGGACGGCGUGGACUACUUAGAUUGGGAAAUAGGAGUCCAUGGAAUUCGCAUUGAAUUCCACAACGAAAAAGGCAACAAAAGAACCGCUACUUAUUUACCUGAUGUUGCUACUGAGCAAGGCUGGAACCAGAUUCAAACGAUAGAUUCUUUACUACAUAAGGGCGGUUAUAAAGGCUUAGUCACACCAGACAUUAGACGCAGCGUGAAGUUGACGCGGUAUCAAAGUGAGAAGGUUACUGUAAGCUAUCAAGACUACAUGACACAUUGGCACAAUCGGAGAUGCUAGCAGCUGGCUUGGGGUCCUAUUCAAGGGCCCCUACCUUGCCACACAUCCGGCACGUUUUGUUACAAAAAUACCACUGAUACAGUUAAUACUUAUUCACAAUACAGUACUGCUCAGUACAACUCUUUCAUGGCCAAUCAGCAGCAUACUUUAGUUAUGGUUCAGCCGAAUCAUCCCACGUUCAUACAUACACUCCCGAUGCCACCAAUUCCUUCGGUUGUGUUGCCCAUUCAAAACUAUCCGCCAUUCUGAUGGAGUUGUGUGUAUUGCAUUUUCCAGUGCUCUACAUCGUUAUUCCUCGGGAACUUUUGUAAUGCACAGAAAAUUAAGCGAAAUGCAUAAGAGAGAAUUAUGAUACAUUGAAGGCGGAUGUUCUAUAUACAAUUUACUGCUUGAAUCGGUGCCUAUUAUAUUUUUAUUUUUUAUCAAGCAUUUAUAAUUACCUUCUGUUUUGCAAUGUUAUUCUUCUCUCAUUUCUUUUGCGCAGAGAAAGCGAUGCACAAAGCGAGGAAAUUAACUCAAUAAAUAAAAUACAUUUUGAGUGUGGUGGCAAUGUUCUUCCAAAGUAAUAUUUGCUGUAAGCGUAAAUAAUAAUAAUAAUAAUAUUGUCGGCUAGACAUUUGUAAUAAUGUAGACUCUUGUUCUCGUAUUGUACAAUUUUAUGAUUGUUAAAUUGGAAAUAAUAAAAAUAAUAUCUAUUUGUGUGCAACGAUGGAUCUAAGUUUAGUUUGUUCGAACGCUUGUCAUUAAACUAGCCACUGAUCUAAGACAUAAAAAAAAAGUGUAAAUACUAUCAUAGCUUUGCCAUCAUGCUAGGACAUCAAACAUUUGUACUGACACACGCAAAACAAAUAACGCAAAAACAGUUUCAAUUUAAUUUCCUGUAUAAAUGAUGACGCUGUAAUCCAUCCAUUUCAUAAUGCACAGAUAUAUCAUGAUUGCCUAAUUUAUAACGCUAUCUCUCAUUGAAAACAUCUAAAUUUACAACAAAAUAUUUGCAAGUAACAAUUUAUUUUUAUUUGAUUAAAAAGUAAAAAAAAAAAAAAAAAAUUUCAAUCAGAGUAAAUUCUGUGAAACUCUAGAGUGAAACUCUAGAGAGCUCACAAUUACUGUAAAUUCUUUCUCAAUUUAAAAAUUUUUUUUCUCUUUAUAAGAUACAUAAUUGUUGUAAAGUUAUUCAUACUGAAUUCAUGACAUCAAUAACACCACGUCUAAAGAGAAUUUCUUUGCAUUAAUGGUAUAAGUACAAGCUUUUUCUUCUAUUAAGUUGCUUUUAAAGUUGUUGUACUGAUUUAAUUAUGGGCAUUGAUUUUUGUUAUCUGAUUGCAGUGACACACAAAUUGUUGUGACAAAUAAUAACAAUUUAUUAAAAUCUGAAACGAAUGCGUUGCGUAAAGUUUUAACGUUGUAUAUUUAUACCAUUCCUACAAUGAAGUUGAAGAGACGUUUAAAUUAUAGUCCAAAGUUUUAUUAUAUGUAUACAGCAAAAAGGAUUCUGUAUAUUUUACUCUAUAAUAAAUUCCUCUAUAACGCGGGAGAUUCUGCGUUAUACGAUACUCAAAAUUU